AUGUUUAACCCACACAUGUUAGAGACUCCGGCUGUGAUCUUUGACAACGGGUCAGGGCUAUGCAAGGCUGGUGUGUCAGGGGAGAUUGGUCCUCGGCAUGUCAUCAGUACGGUUGUCGGACAUCCCAGGUUCAAAAUGGGUGGCUCAGGGCAGAAUCAGAAGCUGUAUUAUGUUGGAGAAGAGGCCUUGUACAAGGCAGAGUCCUUAUUUUUACAAUAUCCUAUUGAGCGAGGCAUCAUCACCUCUUGGGAAGACAUUGAAAAACUCUGGAGACAUCUCUUUGACUGGGACCUUGGGAUUAAGCCCUCUGAGAGACCAGUGCUCAUGACAGAGCCUUCUCUGAAUCCCAGGAACAAUAGGGAGAAAACAGCAGAGAUGAUGUUUGAGAGCUUCAAAGUACCAGCUUUCUACCUAUCUGACCAAGCAGUCUUGGCCCUCUAUGCUUCAGCCUGUGUCACGGGGCUAGUGGUGGACAGCGGCAACAGCGUCACCUGCACAGUCCCUGUGUUUGAAGGGUAUUCCUUGCCUCAUGCAGUUUCCAAACUUUACGUGGCAGGGAAGGAUAUUACUGAGUAUCUCUUGCAACUGCUGAUAAACAGUGGAAGAUCUUUCCCUUGUGUUCUAGACAAAGGAUUGGUGGAUGAUGUCAAGGAAAAACUAUGCUAUGUGGCCUUAGAUCCGGAGAAAGAGCUGAGCAGGAGACCUGAGGAAGUCAUGAGAGAUUACAAACUUCCUGAUGGGAAUGUCAUCCGUUUUGGAGACCAAUUGUUCCAGGGACCCGAGAUUCUCUUUGCCCCAGAACAGCUUGGCAUACACCUCCCAGGGCUUUCCAAAAUGGUUUCUAACAGUAUCCUGAAAUGUGAUGCUGACAUACAGCAAUGUCUCUUUGGGGAUAUUCUUCUUUCUGGUGGUUCUUCCCUGUUCCCUGGACUGGAUGAUCGGCUGAUGAAAGAAAUAGAAGAGCAAGCCCCAAAGGACAUCUCCAUAAAGAUAACAGCUCCUCCUGAUCGAUGGUUCUCCACUUGGAUUGGGGCCUCCAUUGUGACAUCGCUGAGCAGCUUCAAGCAGAUGUGGGUCACUGCCAUGGAUUACAGAGAAUUUGGGACGUCUGUGGUCCAAAGAAGAUGCUUCUGA